AUGGAAGGCAUAAAGGAAGUCUUACCAGAGAGAAAACCUAUGAAUAUACUCAAUGUGGUAAAGCCUCUACACGUCACAAUGGUCUUCAAAGGCAUGAAAGAAUUCAUACUGGAGAGAAACCAAAUGAAUGUGAGCAAUGUGGUAAAGCCUCUACAUGUCACAGUGGUCUUCAAAAGCAUGAAAGAACACAUACUGGAGAGAAAACCUAUGAAUGUAAUCAAUGUUGUAAAGCCUUUUCACAACAAGCUUACCUCCGAAACCAUGAAAGUACACAUACUGGAGAGAAACCCUAUGAAUGUAAUGAAUGUGGUAAAGCCUUUUCACAACAGAGUCAUCUCCAAAACCAUAAAAGAACACAUACUGGAGAGAAACCCUAUGAAUGUAAUCAAUGUGGUAAAGCCUUUUCACAACACAGUAGUCUCCAAAACCAUAAAAGAAUACAUACUGGAGAGAAACCCUAUGAAUGUAAUCAAUGUGGUAAAGCCUUUUCACAACACAGUAAUCUCCGAAAGCAUAAAAGAACACAUACUGGUGAGAAACCCUAUGAAUGUAAUGAAUGUGGUAAAGCCUUUUCACAACAUAGUAGUCUUCAACAACAUAAAAGAACACAUACUGGAGAGAUACCUUAUGAAUGUAAUCAGUGUGGUAAAGCCUUUUCACAACAUAGUAAUCUCCAAAUGCAUAAAAGAACACAUACUGGAGAGAAGCCCUAUGAAUGUAAUCAAUGUGGUAAAGCCUUUUCCCAACACAGUAGUCUUCGAAAGCAUAAAAGAACACAUACUGGACAGAAACCCUAUGAAUGUAAUCAAUGUGGUAAAGCCUUUUCACGACACAGUAGUCUCCAACAACAUAAAAGAACACAUACUGGAGAGAAACCCUAUGAAUGUAAUCAAUGUGGUAAAGCCUUUUCACAACAGGGUCAUCUCCAAAAACAUAAAAGAAUACAUACUGGAGAGAAACCAUUUGAAUAGAAACCCUAUACAUGUAAUCAAUGUGGUAAAACCUUUGCAGUUCACAAUUAUUUCUAAAUAUACAAAGGAACACAUUCUAGAGAGAAACCUUAUGAAUGUAAUCAGUUUAGUAAAGUCUUUGCACAACUGA